AGGUAUCGUGCAAUCACUAGCGCAUACUACCGCGGUGCUGUUGGCGCUCUAUUAGUCUAUGAUGUUACCCGUCAUGUCACAUUUGAGAAUGUGGAGAGAUGGCUCAAGGAGCUUAGGGAUCACACGGAUGCCAACAUCGUGAUCAUGCUCGUCGGAAACAAGGCCGAUCUGCGCCACCUGAGAGCAGUUUCGACUGAAGAUGCCAAAUCUUUUGCUGAGAAGGAGAACACCUUCUUCAUGGAGACAUCUGCCCUCGAGUCCAUGAAUGUCGAGAAUUCCUUCACAGAAGUUUUGACCCAAAUCUAUCGCGUGGUAAGCAGGAAAGCCCUCGAUAUUGGGGAGGACCCAGCAGCCUUGCCCAAAGGACAGACCAUCAAUGUUGGAACCAAGGAUGAUGUAUCAGCUGUGAAAAAAGUCGGAUGUUGCUCUGCUUAAUUUUGUGAUCCACAAGGUUAAAAGAUGUGGUUUUUGAAGACCAUGCUCUGGUCAUGUUUAUAUAGAGGUCGACCUGAUUCCUGGGAAAGGCUUUUGUCAACAGAAUUAGCUGCUUGUAGUUUGAACAUUUUGCUUUGGGUACUUGGAAACUCGUCUAUCUUGUAGCCGAAAGAUAGGAUUCUGAAAACGUUUCAUGUUCUUUCUUUCAUUCGUUUUGAACUCAUCCUCCACUGUGUAAUAGCUUUUUACUAUCUCAUUAUGUUUAUUUCAGUUUUUAUAGAAGUAAGUUUGUUUUUUAGUUCGACAUUUUCAAGUGGAAUGAUCAACUUUGCUA